AGCGGGCGGUGAGGGCGGCGGGGCGGCCGCCAUGGAGGGCGGCGGGAACUCCAAGGGCACCGGGCUCGGCGGCCUCUUCGGCGCCGGGGGGCUCGGGUACUCGCACGCCGACCUCGCCGGGGUGCCGCUGACUGGAAUGAGCCCUUUGUCACCGUACUUAAACUUGGACCCCAAGUAUCUAGUACAGGACACAGAUGAGUUUAUCUUGCCCACAGGAGCCAACAAAACUCGAGGCAGAUUUGAGCUGGCCUUUUUUACCAUUGGAGGGUGUUGUAUGACAGGGGCAGCGUUUGGUGCACUGAAUGGUUUGAGGCUUGGCUUGAAGGAGACACAGAACAUGCCGUGGUCAAAACCUAGAAACGUACAAAUUCUAAAUAUGGUGACAAGGCAAGGAGCAUUAUGGGCUAACACACUGGGAUCACUGGCUCUACUUUACAGUGCAUUUGGAGUCAUCAUUGAAAAAACACGAGGUGCAGAAGAUGACCUGAACACCGUAGCUGCUGGAACCUUGACAGGAAUGCUAUACAAAAGCACUGGUGGAAUGCGUGGGAUAGCACGAGGUGGGAUCGCGGGUCUGACGCUGACCAGCCUCUACGCUCUGUACAACAACUGGGAGCACAUGAAGGGCUCCCUGGCCCGGCAGUCCCUGUGAGCAGGGCAGAGGACACACUUGCAUAGUCACCAAUCAAAUCAGUUGUGAGAUAUAUCUGGUGCCCCUUUCCUAUUUUAUUUACAAUUAGUGUGAAACCGAAGGAAGCUGUGCUGGGAGGAACCUCUUGACACCGCGUAGCUGGACUGGCCCUUUCCUUCCCACCAGCCAGUUGCUGGAGAGGCAGCAAUAUUUGUUGGACUUGCAAGUGAACAGAGUGGCCACCAAGACAGUCUUCCUGGCAUGCUCACCAGCCAGCCCUGGGCCAGAGCCACAAGGCCUGCUCAAGUCCCACUGCCAGGUUUGUUGGGGCACGGCAGCGACAGCCCUGUAAUAAAGUCUGUGUCCAUAGACCAUUCCCUGCAGCCUCAGCACACAUCACCUGGCAACUGGCACAGGGCAAGGCUUGUUACUCUGACAGCACAAGGCAAGCUAUAAAAAGGGACAUCAUCAUUAAUAAAAAGGGUGGUACUUACUCAAUGCCA